UAUCCAGCUGUGUUCUACGGAAGAGAUUACGAUCCAGAGCAGUAUCAACAAGUGGAAAAUGCAUUCGAGAUCCUCGAUAAAUUAUUAGAAGGUCACGAAUACGUCACGGGACGUUAUAUGACAAUCGCUGAUCUCUCUUUAGCUGCCAACGUGUCAACAAUGGAGGUUUACAAUUUUGACGUGGAGAAAUAUCAAAAUGUCGCGAAAUGGAUGGACAGGAUUAAAGCAUCAGCGCCAGGAUAUCGAACAGCUAAUGGCGAAGGUCUGGAAGUUAUGAGGAAGAUUUUUGAGAACUCUCAAAAUAAAUAAUUAUUUAAAUUUAAAUUGUGAGGUUGAAAAGAGAAAAUAUAUAAAAAUAUAAUUUAC